CCUCCCCCUUCUCAUCUCCUUGUGCUCGAAAGAUUUCCCGCACCCGAAUAAAAAAUCCACCUUUAUCCCCCGCCCUCCACCACCCGUCGCUGCUCCUCUCGGUGGAUCUCUGCCGUUUAAUUCCCUCUCCGACGCCGGAGAUCUUCCGAGGCUCCACGGGACCUUCUUUGGUCUCCACCUCCGGCGAUCUGCGGGAUUUCCAGUGCUCGAUCCAAGUGAUCUCCAGCCGUUGGGCAUCUGUGCGGGUUCAGAUUUUUAAGGAGGACCCGAAUUCUGGAGGGGACCUUUGGCAGUUUUCUCGAAUUGGUCCUUGAAUCGGCGAUUGACUACUCCGAUGGAGCAAAGUGUUCAACCUGUUGCGUCGGCGUCGACUGAUUUCCCUCCAAGAAAGCUCGUCCGCCAGCUGGAUUUCACGGCCGCGGCUUGUUGCGGAGCCCCGGCUUCGGCGGGCGUACCGGUGGCCCUUGAUCCACCGCAGCAACUGCAGCAGCAGCGGCAGCAGCAGCAGCAGCAGCAGCAACGACCGCCGUGGCCCACGCCGGAUCCCUUGAGCCCCUCUGUUCCUUCAAAUUCUGUGGCUGCGAAGCCAGCAUCACCCAAAUCAAGGCCACGACCAUUACAUGAUGCAAAAGAUGGUACUCCAACAAGAAAGAAGAACUGCAACUGCAAACACUCAAAAUGCUUGAAGCUGUACUGUGAGUGUUUUGCGUCUGGAGUUUAUUGUGAUGGCUGCAACUGUGCAAACUGCUGUAACAAUAUCGAGAAUGAAGCUGCCAGGCGUGAGGCUGUUGAAGCUACUCUAGAGCGCAAUCCUAAUGCCUUCAGGCCUAAGAUUGGAAGUAGCCCACACACACUGCGGGAUAGCAGGGAUGAGGCAGGAGAACUUCCUUUAGUGGGAAAGCACAAUAAAGGAUGCCACUGUAAGAAGUCUGGUUGCCUCAAGAAAUACUGCGAGUGCUUCCAAGCCAACAUUCUUUGCUCUGAUAAUUGUAAAUGUAUGGACUGUAAGAACUUUGAAGGGAGUGAAGAGAGGAAGGCUCUUUUUCGGGGUGAUCAUGGGAGCAUUCUUUACAUGCAGCAGGCAACCAAUGCAGCCCUGAAUGGGGCUAUUGGUCCCUCCGGGUUCAUGUCUCCCUCAGCACCAAGGAAGAGAAAAAACCAAGUGCUGUUAGCUGGUGCAUCAGUAAAGGAUCAACCCACUCAAAGGCUUGCACAAAUUCCACAGGCUAACGCUUCAGCAUCGGGCUCUUCUUUUGCUUCCAUUCCUGUGGCUUGUGCUAUUAAUACUGCUCCUGCGGCAUCCACUAAGGUCACUUACAGGUCUCUUCUAGCAGACAUAGUUCAACCUGAGCACGUUAGGGAUCUGUGCAAGCUUUUGGUGGUAGUGUCUGGAGAGGUUGCCAAAACAUUUUCCGACAGAAGAGUUCAGGAGAGGUUAGAAGAGAAGGAAGGUCAAGAUGAAAGCUCUCUCAGACCACCAAAUCAUGACAGAGAUCAGAGUCAAAAAGAUCCAGACAUGCAGAAUGCAUUAGUGGAUGAGUAUUCAAGUGGAAUUCCUAUAGACAAAACUAACACCGAAGAGUCUGGAUCUGAUUCUGGGGAUGGACAGAAGGGUGAACGGUCGAUGUCUCCUGGUACACUGGCACUGAUGUGCGAUGAGCAAGACACAAUUUUUAUGACAUCUCGAGCUACUGGUACAGCUCCAAGAUCUUCCAACGACCAGAGCAUGUCAGAGGUCUAUGCGGAGCAAGAAAGGUGUGUAUUAAUGGAGUUCAGAGACUAUCUCCACAAGCUAGUUACCUAUGGACGAAUGAAAGAAGAGAAGUACUCAUCCAUGUCUGCAAAGUAUGAAACACCUUAUCAUAUGGAAUCACCUCAAAAUGCCGCUGCUAGGACUACAAUGCCAACUGCUAUGGAGAUGCCUCAGAUGUUGAAACCAAUCCCUGCUUAUCCUAAUAAGCAUACUCCUAUCAGACAAGCAGCCAUAGGAAAUGGCGACAUCAAACCUAAGAUUGAGAAAUCGGAUACGUGAACAAGUCCUUCUUAUUGGAAUCUUGCUUCCGGAUAUUGCUCACAUUUUUAAUCGAAGCCUGUGACAUCAUAAGGAAUCUGAGGGGGCUGCAUACAUGGUAAUAAAGCAUGCCUCUGAACAUAGUAGAUGGAUGAUUCAUAGUUGAAAUGACAGAGUUUGGCAAGCAGGUUGCUUUUUAGACCUGAAGAUGACGGUUUAGUGCAGGUGCUAUUAGCUACAGGUCUCCAAGUCUUCUUUAGUCAUUCAUAUUUUUUUGAUGUAUUUGAUGCUUCAACUGAAGUAGAGGAUGGUUCAUCACCACUUGAUGAUGUCUGACUCCCAUGUAUCGGCUAUAAAGUCACUCAAAUUUCAAUGUAUCCGAACAUUUAGGGAAAUGUAACAAUUGAGAUUCUAAAGCCAA